AUGAGCCGAUAUAAGAGAGCUUCGGACCUGACGCUAGCACAGUACCACGAGAGCCUUCCAAAGUUUCACUGGUUGGGCAAAGAAGGGUCUGUGGGACCCAUUGUUACUGAGAACUAUGAACCGAUCCCUGAGCAUCUGGGAAACUAUCUAGGCAGGGUUUUGAACUGGUCUGAUAGAUCAUAUGUCGCACUGGUUCAGCUCGUCACGGAAGACGGCAAAGAAGACCUUGUAGCUGCAAAGAUCAUGCAAAGCUCUUCGAACAAAGAAAAGUUGACGAAUGAGCUCAAGAUACUUCAAAACCUACGACACAAACAUAUCGCAGCUGUCCUCGGAAAUUUCUCUACGGAUGGAGGAAAGGACGAAACACAUUACGGACUCUUGGUGUUUCCCCUGGUUGCCAAAGAUCUCCAGGAUUUGUUGGAGGCGAUCUCGAAGCACAACGAAUCUCAUGAGAAAGAAGGCGCACCUUGGCCUUUGCACCAGCAUACGCACAAACUUCUACCGUACUUUGCCUGUCUUUGUGAGACUGUGCUGUUUCUCCAUAACCAGGAUCGACCUAUCAAACACCGAGACAUCAAGCCCGCAAACAUCCUCAUCGACAGAUUCGACAACGUCAUCCUGGCCGAUUUCGACAUCUCCAAAGCUUAUGACGAUGUCAAAAACGCAAUCACGUACGGCAGCUUAGACGGAACUAUCAUGUACUCCUCGAAAGACGUCUGGAAAACUUCGAAGCAGAGCGAUCCGGAAGGCAGCAAACGAGGAUUGGAGUGGGACGUUGUCAGUCUGGCGUUCGUCUUUCUCGAGAUGGCGACCGUGCUAUUCGGCGAGACCCUUCACAAUAUGAGGAAACCUAUGAAGAGGCUAUACGAAGGGUGUGAGAAGCCUACGGUACGAUAUUCGGAAGAAGAUCUCGAAAUCGAGAAAUGGCUUGGUGUGCUCGAGAAGACAGCAAAAGACACCCCGUGGAAGCUUCCUGAGCAAUUCACACGCUCGAUCCACGCCGAGCCAUGUUAUGUUGAAAACUUUCUGGGGGCUAUUAGAGACAUGAUGUCGGCUAAGCGAAAUAACCACGACUCUCUGAAACAAGCCUGGGGAGUUUUUGGACGCUUAUCCGGACAUUGCCCUAGCCCCCAAUUUAGGUGA